CGCUUUAACUCGGAUGGCAUUUUUAUUUCAUCACUACGAUCCGGAGCAAGUCUGACGCAGUGAUCUCUGCGCUCUCACGCUGAUCAUUCUCGUGGGGGGGAAGCUGGGCGCAGCUUUACGCGACUUUCCGAGUUUUCCCUCCAUCUUAUGCGAACUAUUUUAGCUCGGACUUUAACGCCAGAGAAUCCUUUAGAUCUGUUUAAUAUCUUUUUUCAGCUUUUGAUGGUGAUCCCUGUCGGACACUAAACGGUGAUGGCAGACUCUGAUACUCAAGAGGCUCGCCAACCUGCAAAAGACUCGCCGUUCUCCAUAAAGAACCUGCUGAAUAUUGAAGACAAACCCACGAAGCCAAAAAGCAUCCUCGGCUCGCACAAGGGGGUUUUGGAAGGCAGUUUCUUUUCUCGGUUCGGUGAUUUGUCUGUUCCUCGAUUUGAGCUGCCAGCACAGAGAAUUGGACUAUCCGCGCAAUAUCUGGAAAGAGCAUCUACCUGGUGGUACCCCUACACGCUUGGGGCACAUUUUAGGACUGGAGGGUCUGAGAAGGUCAGCUUAAGAGAAGCAUCACAGGCACCGGACAGGCGCUCUCCGGAUCUCCAGAAAAGUGAUCAAGAUGCCAAAGAUGAAAGCGCCGACGAUGACAUCGCCCUGGAUGAAAGUGACUCGGAGGAGCCAAAGAAAGAAACAGACCAGGAGGACGACUGGAGGAGAAAAAACGACGAGCUGGACUCCGAGAAGAAGCCCUGUCGGAAGAAGAAGACGCGCACCGUGUUUUCCAGAAGUCAGGUCUUUCAGCUGGAGUCCACUUUCGACAUUAAGCGCUACCUGAGCAGCUCAGAGAGGGCAGGCCUAGCCGCGUCCCUGCAUUUAACCGAGACGCAGGUGAAAAUCUGGUUCCAGAACCGGAGGAAUAAGUGGAAAAGGCAGCUGGCCGCCGAGCUGGAGGCGGCCAACCUGAGCCAUGCGGCGGCACAGAGGAUUGUGCGGGUUCCCAUACUCUACCACGAGAAUGGAGCCCCAGAAACGAGCGGGGGCCCUGCUACAAACUCACCGGGCGGCCAGGCACUCUUGGCUUUCCCCCAUCACAUGUACUAUUCUCACCCAGUCCCACUGCUGAGACCCGUUUAACAUUUGUGUCAUAAAACAUUGUACAUAUGUUUUUAAAUGAGAGUGAUUAACUGGAGAAAAAAAAAUACAAUUUUGUAUAUUUUGUAGAUUGAACGGACACGGUAGUUAUUAUUAUUAUUAUUAUUAUUAUUAUUAUUAUUAUUAUUAUUAUGAUCAUGUGUAAUCAUGCUUUCUUCUACUAAAGUGUCCUUGAGCAAGACAGGGUCCCUUUUACAGCUCCCACGCGCGUGGGGAACAAAAGUAAUGGAUUAUUGGUUAUUUUCUUUUUCUUUUUAAUUAUUACGAUCGAUUUCGAAAUGGGUGCAUAUAUUUGAACCUAUUCAGUUGAACAGGGUUGGCUGUCUAUAUGUAAUUUACAGAGAUUUGUGUCAGUGUUUGAAUGUGGGAUUAAAUAUUUUAAUAUUUUUCAAUAUUGUGCAAUACUGUUGGCUUUAAAUUAGGCUGCCAGCCUUUGUCUCCCAUAGGCCUAUAGCUCACUUUGUAAUAGUCAGGACAAUCAUGUCAUUCUUAAAAUACCCUCCACCCCACCCCCACCACCACCAAAAAAACAACUGCAGAUGAUACAGGCAUUUGUCUUUAUGACGCAGUGGUUGGCGUAAUUUUAAAGCCAUGAAAAAGCCAAAAAAGCCUCUGUUUUUGUGUAUGGUUUUCUUCUGAUGUUGUUAUUGAAAUUCUGUAUAUUAUAUGG